AUGGGUAACUGCUUCAGUAGUUCCGAUCCCUCUCCCUUCGACCAACCAGGCCGAACACUCUCCUCGGCACCUCCAAAACCUAACCCUCCUCCUGCAGCCCCAAAAUCCAGCGUGCCGCGUACCGUCGGUGGUCCACCACGGACAGUCGGUUCUGGUUCUAGUGGGGGCGGAUCAAAUGCACAAGAAGAUGCUAGGAGGAAAGCUGCUGAAGCUGCCGAGGCGCGCCUCAACUCCAAAAAACCCAAAGGAACACUAGGCAAAAAGCUCGCAGGAGAACAAUCCCAAACCUUAGAGGCAACACGCAAAAACGCAAGUGCAAUGGAAAGACAAACGAGAGAUGCAGAUGCGGCAGCAAACACUAGGGCUUAUAAUUAA